AUGGUUACAUUAUACUACUUCAAGAGAAAGUUCUUGUCCAAUAAAAUUAUUUAUUUUUGGGAAAAGGAAAGUCAAACCCAUAAGAGUGUCGAGGCCUUUCUGAGGAACAAUGGAUCUCUUCCCAUUAAAAGAUACAGUUACUCUGAUAUCAAGAAAAUGGCCAACUUCUUUAGAGAUAAAUUAGGCGAAGGGGGCUUUGGUGGUGUUUACAAGGGGAAGUUACAAGAUGGUUGUCUUGUGGCUGUGAAGCUUUUGAAAGAAUCAAGAAGUAAUGGAGAUGAAUUCAUUAAUGAGGUUGCAAGCAUUAGUAGGACCUCUCAUGUCAACAUAGUCACUCUUAUCGGCUUUUGCUUUGAGGGUUCUAAAAAAGCUCUCAUCUAUGAGUUUAUGCCUAACGGAUCUCUCGAGAAGUUUAUAUACAAAGAAAAUCGCUCCAAGGCUGAUUGUCACUUAGAAUGGGAGACUAUAUAUAAGAUUGCACUUGGCAUUGCUCAUGGACUAGAGUACUUACAUAGAGGUUGCAAUACAAGAAUCUUGCAUUUCGACAUAAAACCUUAUAACAUUCUUUUGGAUGAGAACUUUUGUCCAAAAAUUUCUGAUUUUGGCCUUGCAAAAAUAUGCCCUAAAGAAGUGAGUAUCAUAUCCAUGUUGGAUGCAAGAGGAACUAUAGGAUAUGUAGCUCUAGAACUAACUUGUAGAAAUAUUGGAAAGGUCUCUCACAAGUCAGAUGUUUAUAGCUAUGGAAUGAUGGUUUCAGAAAUGGUUAGAGGAAGAAAGAAUAUUGAUACCGAGGUUGAUCGUACUAGUGAAUUAUUUUUUCCACAUUGGAUUUACAAGCGUCUUGAAUUAGACGAAGAACUAGGAUUACAUGGCCUUAUGAAUGAAGAGCAUCAUGAAAGUGCAAGGAAGAUGAUAAUAGUGAGUUUGUGGUGCAUACAAAUUGAUCCCUCAAACCGACCACCGAUGAAUAGAGUUCUGGAUAUGUUGAAAGGAAGCCUCGAUUCCUUACAAAUCCCACCCAAACCUUUCGUGUCUUCCCCAACAUGA